CACUUUCAGUUUUGCCAGCACUCUCCAAGGGCUGGCUGGCAGCUUCUAGAAAGGCAGGGGUUACAGACUGGCCAGCAGGCUGUGCCCCUCAAGCUGGACCGACGGAGAGAAGGAAGUAGUUACAAAAUCUCACAGAAGAAGUCGGCCUGAGCAGAAGCUACCAGCCAUGAUGCUCUUCUGGCUUGCCUUUCUUCUAGCUUGCUUUCCAGGGGCCUCCACAAAAAGUCCCAUAUUUGGUCCAGCUGAGGUGAGUGGCGUGGAAGGAAACUCAGUGUCCAUCAAGUGUUACUACCCAAACACGUCUGUCAACCGGCACACCCGGAAGUACUGGUGCCGGCAGAGAGGCAGUGGCCCCUGCAUGACUCUCGUCUCCUCGGAAGGCUUCGUCUCCCAGAACUAUGCAGGCAGAGCCAACCUCACCAACUUCCCAGACACCAACACAUUCGUGGUGAACAUCGAUCAGCUCACCCAGGAUGACUCUGGGAGCUACAAGUGCGGCCUGGGUAUCAACAAUAGAGGCCUGUCCUUUGAUGUAAGCCUGGAGGUCAGCCAGGUUCCUGGGCCUCUCGACGACACUCAUGUCUACACAGAGGAUGUGGGAAGAACAGUGAACAUCAUCUGCCCUUUCGAGAGUGAGAAUGUUCAGAAAAAGAAGUCCUUGUGCAAGAAGACAGGGCAGGCCUGCGAGACAGUUGUCGACACCACCGGGAAUACGAGCCCCAGCUACAGGGAUAGAAUAAAGCUUUCUCUUCAGGGAACCAUUCAAACCCAAUUCAAAGUCACCAUCAGCCACCUGAGGCCCAGUGAUACGGGAAUGUAUGUGUGCAAGGCUGGGGAUGGGCCCAGUGCUAAUACAAAGAACAUUGACCUCCAGGUGCUAGAGCCUGAACCAGAGCUGGUUUAUGGAGACCUAAGGAGCUCAGUGACCUUUGACUGUGCCCUGGGUCCAGAGAUGGCCAGAGAGCCCAAGUUUUUAUGCCGGAUGGGCAAAGAAGGAGCCUGUGAUGUGGUCAUCAACACCCUAGGGACGAGGGAUCCAGCCUUUGUUGGCAGGAUCUUGCUCACACCCAGGGAAGACAAUGGCCGCGUUAGUGUGCUGUUAACAGGACUGAGGAAGGAAGAUGCAGGGCGCUACCUGUGCGGUGCCCACUCUUCUGGUCUGUUUCAGGAAGGCUGGCCCAUCCAGGCUUGGCAGGUCUUCGUCAAUGAGGAGACCACAAUGCCUCAAACUCGCUCCGUGGUGAAGGGUGUGGAAGGAGGCUCUGUAUCUGUGCUCUGCCCCUACAACCCAAAGGACAGCAACAGCCUCAAGUACUGGUGCCGCUGGGAUGGGACUCAAAAUGGCCGCUGCCCACUGCUGGUGGAGAGCCAAGGACUGGUUCAGGAUCAGUACGAGGGCAGGCUGGCACUGUAUGAAGAGCCGGGCAAUGGCACCUACACAGUCAUCCUUAACCAGCUCACCAGCCAGGAUGCUGGCUUCUAUUGGUGUCUCACCAAUGGUGAUUCUCACUGGAGGACCACGAUAGAGCUUAAGGUUGUUGAAGGAGAGCCAAGCCUCAAGGUACCCAAGCAAGUGACUGCCGUGCAAGGACAGAGCGUCAAGAUCCCCUGCCAUUUCCCAUGCAAGUUCUAUGCCUAUGAGAAAUACUGGUGCAAGUGGAGCAACACGGGCUGUCAGGCUCUGCCCAGCCAAGAUGAAGGGCCCAGUGAAGCCUUCGUGCACUGCGACCAGAACAGCCGGCUCGUCAGCAUGACCCUGAACCCAGUCUCCAAGGAGGAUGAGGGCUGGUAUUGGUGUGGGGUGAAACAAGGCCACGUCUACGGAGACACUGCAGCUGUGUAUGUGGCAGUAGAGGAGACGGCACAGGGUUCCCGCGACGCCACCCAAGUGAACACAAACGCUGCUCCCAAGGUGAAGGUGGCAGAGUCCGGUGCCAGGGAGCUGAUGCCGGAUAACAAAGCUGUUCUGAAUCCCAGGCUUACUGCUGAAGAAACAGUGCUGGAGGAGAGAGGAGACCAAGCCCAAGAAGGCAGAGCAUCUGCCGGGGCUGGCAGUGAUGGACUUAAUCCUUCUUCCAGCUCUGAGGGACAUGGCAACAGCUCCCAAGUGCUGCUCUCCACUCUGGUGCCUCUGGGCCUGGUGCUGGCCGUGGGUGCCAUCGCUGUGUGGGUGGCCAGAGUCCGGCACCGGAAGAAUGUGGACCGGAUUUCACUCCAAAGCUACAGGACAGACAUUAGCAUGGCAGACUUCAACAACUCCAGGGUCUCCGGUGGCAAUGACAAUAUGGGGGCCUCAGCAGUCACUCUAGAGACAGUUAUUGAAGCGAAAGAGGAGCUGGAGACCACCACCGAGGUUCCCACGGACCCUGAAGAACCCAAGAAGGCAAAAAGGUCAUCCAAGGAGGAAGCCGACAUGGCCUACUCAGCUUUCCUGCUCCAGUCCAACAACCUCGCUGCCCGGCUGGAGGAUGGUCCCAGGGAAGUCUAGAAGCGCCAGCCGCCUGCCCCACCGCACCGGUCACCUUCGGAAUCAUGCUGAUCUAGUCACAGCUUGCACUCACCCCCUCAGUUAGGCUUUUCCUACCUGUCCUCAGGGCUGUGCUGGUCCCUUCCUCAGUGGCAUCAAAGCCUCACCUAAUUGUUCCCAUGGGGUAGGGGGUGUGGGGAGGGCACUUCCCAACUGAAGCUCAUUAUGGAGACAGAACUGAAGGUGUGGAG